CCAGGUGGCCUCCAGAGCCUGGAGGCACAUUUCUUGUGGUGUUGUUGCAAAUUAUCGGAUGUGUUAACAUGUUUUUUGCAUCACCCUGUAUAUUGCAGUGGGAAACAAUAUAUAGCAGUGGGAAGUGUUAAGUUGUGGCAAUAUGUCACUGGACAUCUGUGAAUAGGAGCUUCAUAGCUCGUCUGAUUUCUCCAGGAUAAAUACAGAUUCGGAUGAAGAUUCUGAAAAGAGGGCUUAGUUUCGAGAGAUACUCUGAAUGUAUUUCUCAUUUGCAUGGGUGGUUCUGAGAAAGGUGUUAAAAUUGAGUGCUUUUGCCAUCGCUCGAAGGGGUUUGACAGCUGGUGGUUGCAAAUGAAGGGGUGACAGCCAAAGGAAAGAAUGCGUAAUGGAGAGGACAUCUGCGCAGAAGAUUGUGCGAUGAAAUCAGCUUGAGUGCCAUCACACCACAGGAUCGUGAUGUUUUAUUGUGCAAUAAUAUAAUCAUACAACUAAUCAAAUUAAAAUUCAUUAAAUCACAAGGGAGUAAAUUCCACGUACUGCAAUAUGUUAUCCUUCAAUCUCGCUGAGCUUCCCACUACAAUAGUUGACUUGUAAUUCUCAAAUAAAUGGGACAUAAUCAUGGCAUUGCCACAGUUGAUACAUGCAUCAUUAUCAUCAUCAUCAUCAAAAGUAUUGCCGAAUAAAUUUGUUUUUAGCUCUCCGCUCCUUGCGCUGGGAGCUUCUUCAAGUUUAUUCAGUUCCUGAAGCUCUGAGAACCCGGAAGCGAAACGCCGGACAUCGUGACGAACAACACGUGGUACGACCGGUGAACGUGCUCGUCAUGGGCUCACUCAAGUCGUUUGGCCUCCUCUUCGUGGCCCUACAGGAUGAGUUCGGGGGCACGUCGGAGGAAUUGAGCUGGAUUGGCUCCAUCAUGUCCAGCAUUCGUCUCAUCGGAGGUCCAGUGGCCGUGGUUGUGUGCGGGAAAGUGGGCGACCGCGCUGGUGCCGUGCUCGGUGCGCUGGUGGUGGUGGCUGGCUUCAUCGGCAGCAUCUGGGCCGGCAGUCUGCUCUUCCUCUACCUGUCACUGGGUCUGGUCGUGGGGCUGGGCUAUGCGUUGCUGUACCAGUCGGGCACUGUGAUGGUCGCCUGCUACUUCAAGCGGCGUCUCUCAACGGCGUACUCCAUCUCGCGAUCCGGCAUGGGCCUCACCUUCGUGCUGGCGCCGUUCACACAGCUGCUGCUGGAAACCUACCACUGGAGGGGAGCUCUGUUGAUUCUCGGAGGGGUCAUGCUCAACCUCGUGCCCACGGGGAUGCUGCUGCGGCCGUUGCUCCUCAAAGGCCCGCGGCCGAAUACGGAGCCGGCGCACGCCGCCGCGGGCGUCCGCGACGCCGACGAAAACCCGGAGCCUCGCAGACCGCCCUCCUCGCCCAAGAGGGACGGGGAGGCCGCCGCCGCCGCCGUGGCAGCGGCGGCGGCGGCGACGACGACGACGACGACGAGCGUGGCGUCAAGGAGCCCUGAGACGGGCGGGCGCAGCGGCAGCGGCAGCGGCGGCCGGGACCCGGAGCACGAAGUGCACGCGGCCGCGGAGGCCCCCUUUCUCACGCGGGGAACACGCCGCAAGAUGUUCUGCGGCGACGACGACGCCGCCGCCGCCGCCGGCGCCGGCGUCGUAGACCUCGACGAGCUCGGCCACGACGGCAGAGCGGCGGCGAGGGAGCGUCGGGGGCUGCUGGACUUCCCGCUGCUGUGCAACCCGCUGUUCGUCAUCUACACGGGCAACGUGUUCUUCAGUCAGCUGGCGUACUUCAUACCGUACUUCCACCUGGCCGCCAAGGCUCAGGACUUGGGCAUCGAGCCGAUGGAUGUGUCCAUCAUCAUUGCCGUCGCAGGCGCCACAGAGACGGUGGCCCAGCUGCUGUCGGGCUGGGUGGCCGACAAGAACUGGAUGCGCAAGACUCACUACUACCGUGGCUUCCUGCUGCUGUGCUGCGCCACCAACUUGCUGUCUCCUCUUGCCACCACCUUCCCCGGCCUGCUCAUUUACGCCAUCUGCUUCGCCGCAUUCUGCGGGGGCUACAUGGCUCUCAUUCUUCCCGUGCUGGUGGGAUUCAUGGGCAUGCAGAGGCUCCAGAGUGCCAACGGACUCGCCAACUUCUUUGUGGGCUUUGGCUGCUUGAUUGGACCACCAGCGGCAGGCUUCCUCUACGACCAGACCAAGAACUACGACUACUCGUUCAUGCUGGCCGGGGCCUGCUACCUGAUCGCCUUCCUCGUGCUGCUGUGCGAGCUGCUGGUGCCGUGCUGCGGUGGCGGUGGAGACGGCACGGGCGAGACCGUGGCGCCGGCGGUGGUGCCACGCGCUGCCCGCAGGUGGGCCGGCUGGCCGAGGGCCCGCGUGGUGCCGUGCGGGAACGGCCCCGGCGGGGUGUGAGCCGCGGAGAGACGAGCCCCGGCCGAGCCGGUCUCACGUUGCGUUCUGGUUCUGCGUUCACAGAGGGCUCACACUGCUCUGCGAGAGAUCCACACUGAUUCUUCUUCUUCUCCUCGUGAGAUGGCGCCGCGAGGAGCACUAUCGUAAACGUGACUUGUCACACGCAGGACAGUGCACCGUUAUUUUAUAUUCAUCGAGAGCCUUAGCUCAAGGAGCUUUACACAGUUUAAAAGCGGUUACAAAGCCCCAGUGGUUUGGAUGGCAAGGGCAGUGCGAGGGCCGAGGAAUGAGUGGCCGUAACAGAGGGCACGAGGGGGGUCACGAAAGGGCUAUGGGGGAGGGACGGGAUGGAGUGGAGGGGCGAGAGGGAGUGUGACGGCUGAUUGGGAUGUGCGCGUCCUGACGUGGAAAGCGUUCACCGAACGUGAUGAAACGGCGUCCAUGUGUCUGCACUGUCCCCGUUCCGUGCACUGACGUCCCGUGGCUGUAAUCAUUGUCGGGGAGAUCUCAGCAUCUCGGUCGUCCACCACUCGUUCACAUUUUUGCUACAGCAUUGAUAUCCGUCGCAAGUACAUUAUUUUAGACUUGGAAACAUGUAGGAGGCGCUGGGAGCCAGAUCUGGCGAGUCUGCGUUAUCUCGAGGUUGUAUCAAAUGUUUCGUUAACACACAGUUACUCAUUGCACUGGCUUGGUAGCGGUGGCGUAGUGGUUAGCUCAAUAAACUAUGAUCUCGGUGA